UCUGUCGCAUUUUUUUUCUUGCUUGCUUGCUUGUUUUAUAUGAUCAUUGAUGGUUGCGGCGGCACAUGCCGUUGUUUUAUUACAUUUGUUGAGUUGAUACGCGCAUCAAUUUUCGGAUGUAUCAUCACCAAAAUCGUGUAUCUUUUUCAAUAAUUUAUUUCCGAAUUUUUUUUCUAUAUCCAUGCGAAUGAUUGUUUCAUGAUAAUCAAUUGAUUGAAUAUUGCUUGUUUCGAUAUUUUUUCAUUCUAAAUCCUUUCAAUCGACCUAAUAAAUAUCCAAUUUACUUAACAAAUUGUUCGACUCAUAACCUACAUUUUCAGUGAUUAAAAAAAAGCCAUGAUGGAUAUUGUAAAAUUAGCUGAAGUUUUCAAAAGUACCCUCGAUGGCAAUUAUAAUCAAGCAGAAAAACAACUUGAACAGAUCCAUAAAAUAAUCGGUUUCCUACCCACCGUACUUCAAAUUGUUAUGGAAACAAACAUUGAAUUGCCAGUGAGACAAGCAGCCGUCAUUUAUUUCAAAAAUGAAGUUUACAAUUAUUGGCAAGAAAAAGAUUCGAAAAAUAAUCAGCAACCAUACAGCAUACACGAACAAGAUCGGGCUUUAAUUCGUAAUUCAAUUAUUGAUGCAUUGGUGCUUUCAACUGAAGUCAUUCGAAACAGUUUAUCAAUGGCCCUCAAUUAUAUCAUAAAAUAUGAUUUUCCAGAAAAAUUGAUUGUCACCGAUAAAAUUGUCCUCUAUUUACAGACAACCGAUUCAAACAAUUGGAUGGGAGCAUUGAUUGUUUUGUUAGAAUUGGCCAAAAAUUAUGAAUACAAAAAUAAUAUUAGUAAAGCACCAUUGUUGGACGUAAUGAAGGUUUUAGGUCCAAUCAUUUACAAAAUGAUGGCACAAAUCCUUUCAGAUAAUUCGGAACAUAUGGUGUUGAUGCAGAAAAUGAUAUUGAAAAUUAUUUUUAUAAUCACACAAUAUUCAUUACCUCUAACUCUUUUUACUGAAGAAUUUUUUACUCAAUGGAUGGAAAUUAUUCGCCAAGUUUUGGAUCGUCCUGUGCCUGCAGAAGUGAACAAUUUCGAUAUUGAAGAACGUUAUGAAUUGCCAUGGUAUAAGGCAAAAAAAUGGGCUUUGCAUAUUAUUGUCAGGAUUUUCGAACGUUAUGGCCCUUCAAAAGGUCAAAGUAAAGAAUACAAAAAUUUUGGCCGCUGGUACAUGGAAACCUUUUCCAUGGGUAUGAUUCAGGUGAUAUUAAAAAUGUUAGAUCAGUACAAUCAAAAAAUGUAUCUUCCACAACGUGUCUUACAACAAUGCAUCAACUAUUUGAAUACAUGUGUGGAACAUCUUUUCACUUGGAAGUUAUUGAAGCCAAAUAUUUCACAAAUAAUCGAAAAAGUCAUUUUUCCAUUACUGUGUUACACGGAUGAGGAUGAUGAACUUUGGCAAACUGAUCCAGCUGAAUAUGUUCGGAAGAAAUUUGAUUUUUUUGAAGAUUAUGUCUCACCGGUUAGUGCCGCUCAACAAUUUUUAUGUACUUGUUGUAAGAAACGAAAAGAUAUGCUCAAAAAUACUAUCGAGUUUGCCAUUCAAAUUUUAAAUUCGAAUGUCAGUACAUCUCAAUAUAAAGAUGGAGCGUUGCAUAUGCUUGGAUCAGUUUCGGAUAUAAUGUUGAAGAAAAAAAUCUAUCAUCGACAAAUUAACAAUAUGCUUGCUUAUCAUGUUUUUCCUUUUUUCAAUUCUGAUCACCCAUUUUUGAGAGCAAGAGCCGCAUGGAUUUUACAUUUCUUUGAAGAUUUCGAAUUUGACAAUGACCUUACAUUGGGUCAAGCAGUAAAUUGUUUACAGUAUGCUUUGAUUCAUGAUAAACAACUUCCAGUCAAAGUGCAAGCAGCAAUUUCACUUCAAAUUCUAAUUGUCAAUCAAGAAAAAACUAGGCCAAUGAUUGAGCCAAACUUGGACACGAUUAUUAUAGAAUGUUUGAAUAUUGUGAAAAUCUCCCAAAACGAUGAUGUAUCGAAUGGUCUUCAACGAUUGAUUUGUGCUUAUGGCGAAAAAAUUUUGCCGAUUGCGGCUAAAAUAGUCACUAGUUUGGUGGAAAUUUUAGAGACCAUAUUGAAAACUAAUGAUGAAGUCAACGAUACUACAAUAACAAUAAUGGGAUCAUUGAACACAAUUGACACUGUACUCAUGUUGAUCGAUGAUCAAGAAACUCUAAGCAUCAUCGAACCAAUAGCCAUGAAAAGCGUUUUCUUGGUUAUGAAUGAAAAUAUGAAAGAACUUUAUGAAGAAUGUUUCAACAUUGUAACUACAUUAACAGACAAACAUAUUUCGAAUGAUAUGUGGAAAAUUUACGAAUGUAUCUUUCAGAUAUCAACCAAAGCCGAUGGAGUCGAUUAUUUUGCUGAUAUGUUGCCCUCAUUACAUAAUUUUUUAACCGUCGAUCCUGACGCAUUCAUCAGUGAUCAGAAUAGGAUCGUUGCAUUAUUUGAAAUUUGUAAAUUCAUUCUCAAUUUUGAUUGCAUCGAUGAUACCUACUGUAAUGCAAUCAAAAUGAUUGAAGUUUUCUUUUUACAAUUUCGCGAAAAAGUUGUCAAUUUUAUUCCAUCAUUCUGUGAAAUUGUGAUGGAUCGAUAUUUUCAAUUGGAUGAUCUCAAAACGACUGAAUUGAAAACUCUUUGCCUACAAGUGUUAUUGGUCGUAUUGUACAUAGAUAGUGGUUUAUUUUUUCAAAUCAUUGAAAAAUUGCAGCAAAAAUAUCCCAGUAAAAAUGUUUUAAACCAUGUUCUGGAAGAAUGGCUUUUGGAUAUGAAAUCCUUUAUUGGCUUACAUGAUCGUAAAGUAUGCAUAUUGGCCUUAUGCAAAUUGUUUACAUUGCCUGCUAAUAUGAUGCCGCCUAAGAUCCGUGAAUUAGCUCCUGAGGUUGCAACAGAAUUGUUAAAACUGUUUGAUAAUUUGAAAGAAGCAUAUAAAGCCAAAGCCAUUGCUGAUGCUGUAAGCACAGAUACAGAUAGUGAAUACACCGAUUCGUCUGAUGAAGAAGAUGCCAUUGAAGAUGAUUCAAAUAAUACAAAAGCAGACGAAAUGGAUGAUGGCGAAUAUUUAGAAGACGAAGACGGUGUAAGCGAUAUUAUUGAUGAUGAUGAUAAUGAAUUGACAGAACUGGAAAAUUUUGAAACAACCAUAGACAAAGAUGAUUCACAUGACGAUGAAUACAUAUUGUUUAGAAAAACGGUGGAAUUUUUGAAGCAUCAAGAUCCUAAUUUAUAUAAUUCACUUUUUGGUAAUUUAACUCCUCAACAAAUCAGCUCGUUGGAGGAUGUAUUUGUUCUUGCUCAACGUCGCCAGGACGCCGCUGAAUCACGUAAAAUUGAACAAGGCGGUGGUUAUGUUUUUUCUGAUCAAACCAUACCAACAACCUUUAAUUUUGGUGGAAAUUUCCCCAUCAAUCAAAAUUAGAUUCUGUUUUGUUUUUUAGAUUCAUUCAUUUAUAAAAAAAAUUCUAAAAUCAAUUAUAUUUUGAAAAUAAUAUUGAAUUUAUUAUAAUCACUUAUUAAUUUUUGGAAUAAAAUCUGUUUUGAAAAAAAUCCAAA